CUCUGCUGUGGCGCUCACGGUGUUACACAAUUUCUAGGUCAAUAUUUGCUUGACAUAUAAUGUUUCUUCUUAAAGACCUUACCUGUGCUAUUUCACAAAUCUUGUAUGUGUAUGAUGUUAUCAUGUAAGAUUCCGACACUACUCGGGAACUUCUGAAUGCGUACAUCGUAAGACGGAAGGCAUCGCAAAGGCUGUCGACUUAAAUGCGUGUAACCCAGUAGCGAGAUGGAGAUUACAGAACAGCAUGCUACGUCGCGUGGAAUCAGCGUCAGAAAGUUUGUAAUAACCGUCGUUUGCGUUAUAAUCAUAACAGCAGGGCUCUGUGUCGCUAUUGCUGUUCCAAUCUUUCACAGCAACAGGAGUUCCGAUAUACACGAUGGCGUGAAUGUGGCGUCCACUCACACACCAGUGACGUCCACACAUGUUCCCGCGACGUCAUCACAUUUGGCGGAAACGUUAGUACACAUAAACUGUGGCCAUGUGAAGGGGGAGCGCCACGAUGGCGUACACGUGUUUAAAGGUAUUCCAUAUGCAAUUCCGCCCACUGGCCGUCUGAGAUGGAAGCCCCCAGUCCCUCUGUCCCCUGAACACACCAACUGCUGGGAGGGCACAUUAAAUGCCGAUUCAUUUGGUAAUUCAUGCUUCCAAACCACAUUUGAAAGCCGGAGGAGAUUCAGGGGCGAUGAAGACUGUCUGUAUCUAAAUGUAUGGACUCCAAGCUUGGACAAGUUUGCGCAACUUCCGGUACUGGUAAUGAUUCAUGGUGGAAGUCUGGAGUACCUGAGCGGAAAUGACCCCGACACCAGCCCGACGCCAACAUUGGCGGCAGAGACGCAGGCCGUGUACGUCAGCGUGAACUACCGCCUCAAUGUGUUUGGGUUCCUAGCUCUCGACAUCCUGACGAGUGCGAGUGCGACCGGCACGUCCGGCAACUACGGCUUCAUGGACCAACUGCUGGCGCUCAGAUGGGUACAGGAGAACAUCAGGCACUUCGGGGGCAACCCAGCGCUGGUGACAGUGUUUGGCCAGAGUUCUGGGGGUACCAGUAUCCUAGCUCUGCUGGCGUCCCCCCUGUCAGCCGGCCUGUUUCACAGGGCGUGGAUGAUGAGUGCCAGUCCGGUGUUAAACAGGACACUGUCCGAGGCAUCCACCGACAACCUCGCCUUCCUCAACAACACCGGCUGCCUUGACAUCGACUGUCUGUAUAACCAGUCAGCAGAAGAUCUGGCCUUGUCCAUCACGUGGGACGAGUGGCCGCGGUGGAGCAUGGCGGACCUGAUGGAAAUCCCGACGAGAGGACAGUUCAACGGAGCUUUGGCUAUAAUUGAUGGCUAUGUUCUGGAGGAGGAGCCCCUGGUGAUACUCCGGACCGGCAGAGGGAUGAACGUGCCUGUUAUCAUAGGCACUACAGCCCAGGAGACGGACUUACCCCCCCCCUGUCACAGACGUCAGAACGUGGGCGUGGAAUGAUUACACCGACUAUGUUAUGGACAAACUGACAUUGUUCGGCAGCGACAUCGCCAACAAGGCCGUGGAAUUGUAUCCCCCGCUGCAGAACGUCACUGCAGAGUAUCAACUCACAAGUCUCAUUUCUGACAUCCGGGUUAC